CAUUGGCGCCAGACUUGUCAAGUUGAUCAUGGAGACUAGUUUGUCUGUGUUUUACUUCAGUGGAAAAACAGCACGCUACUGUUGUUGAUAUUCUUCUACUUUGAGAAGCUGGACCGCUUUAAACCACCCUGACUUACUACGUUUGCUUACACUGGACCUCUUUGACCUCACUGAAACUUUUUCAGCAUGAAUUGUGAACUUCUGGCAACAUGCACCGCUCUGGGAUACCUGGAAGGAGACAUUUAUCACAAAGAAGAAGAUUGUUUGGAGAGCGUAAAAGACUUGAUCAGGUACCUGCGCCAUGAAGACGACACCCGUGACGUGCGCCAACAGCUGGGUGAAGGCCAUAUUGUGGAACAUGACCUUCUGCCUCUCAUCACUCAGCAUGGGCAAGACAAGGCCUUGUUUGAUGCCUGCAUAAGGCUCAUGGUAAAUCUAACACAACCUGCCAUGCUUUGCUUUGGCAAAGUUCCUGAUGACCCGGUGUUUAGACACCACUUUCUGCAAGUGACCUCUCAUUUACAAGCCUACAAAGAGGCAUUUUCUAGUGAAAAGGUGUUUGGCAUUUUAAGUGAGACGCUGUACAACCUAUUACAACUUGAGUGGGAGCAGAGAGAGGAAGAAGACAACCUUCUGAUUGAGAGAAUUCUGCUUCUGGUCCGGAAUGUUCUUCACGUGCCUGCAGAUCCUUUAGAAGAGAAGAAAGUGGAUGAUGACGCCAGUGUCCACGACAGGCUGCUUUGGGCCAUUCACAUGAGCGGUUUUGAUGACCUGGUCAAGUUCUUGGCCUCGGCCCAGAGUGAGCAACAGUGGAGCAUGCACGUGUUAGAAAUCAUUUCCCUCAUGUUCAGAGACCAGGCACCUGACACCUUGGUGAGUGCUGGGCACGCUCGCUCUGCAGAGGAGAAGCAGAGAGACACCUCGGAGCUGGAGGUGCUGAGGCAGAAGGAGCAGGCGGAGAAACGAUCUCGUACGUUGCAAAGAGGAUGCAGACAUUCCCGAUUUGGUGGCUCUUUUGUGGUGAAAGGCCUGAAGGCAAUCGGAGACAACGAUGUGAUUUAUCACAGAAAUAUUACCAACUUCAAAAACUACACCCAUGACAUCGGUAAAGCUGUGCGACGUGUUCCUCGGCGAAACAGACAAGCCCAGGAAAAUAUGGACAAACGGCGCUCAGCUUUCAACGUUCGACUAUUCCUGCGAGAGUUUUGUGUGGACUUCUUGGAGAACUGCUACAACCGUCUCAUGUACCUUGUCAAGGAGAGUCUGAUUCGGGAGCAAAGCCAGCAGCAUGACGAGACCUACUACCUGUGGGCGCUCAGCUUCUUCAUGGCCUUCAACCGUGGCAACACUUUCCGUGCCGAUUUAGUUUCCGAGACCAUGUCCAGUCGCACAUUCCAUUUCAUCGAGCGCAACAUCACCAACUACUACGAGAUGAUGCUGACCGACCGCAAGGAGGCCACGUCCUGGUCCCGCAGGAUGCACCUGGCGCUGAAGGCAUACCAGGAGCUGCUGCUCACCGUAAACGAGAUGGACCGAUCACAUGAUGGAAGCAUCCGUCACAGUGCCAACGUUAUCAAAAGUAACAUAUUCUACCUAAUGGAAUAUAGGGAGAUAUUCCUAACCUUGUUACGAAAGUAUGAUGAGACCAAACAGCCGCAGUCCUACCUCAAAGACCUGGUGGAGUCAACUCAUCUCUUCCUGCGCAUGUUGGAGCGCUUCAGCAAGGGUCGCAAAAACUUGAUCGUGCAGAAAAAACACGCAAAGCGGAAAAAGACCAAAGGAGCUGCAAACCAGCCAGCUGUAGACCGGAGCCCAGAAGCUCUGGCAGAAACCUGGAAGAUUGUGGAGGAAGAGCUGAGGGGAAUACAUUUUAAGCUGUCACAGUCUUUAACCGAGGGCACCGUGCCUUUCGAUGCCUCGUCUGAAACACCGCUGGAGGAGCAGCGGACUGAGUCCAUGGUGCGUGUGCAGGACGCUCUCCUGGCACGGGUGGGACCGGAGGCGUUGGCACUCCUACGGGCGGCCAGGGAGGUGUGGCCCGAGGGAGACGUCUUCGGCUCGGCUGAUGUGGAACCUGAAGAGGAGCUGGAACUCCUCAAACAGAUCUUGCAUGCGGACCUGCCAAGGCCAGCGCCGCCCGAGACUCAAGUGGAGGAGGAGGAGGAUUAUGAUGCUGCAGUUAUGGAAGAGGAAGAAGAGCUGCAAGCGGUCCAGGUGUCGGAAACAGAGUUCAAAUUCCUGGAUUUUAUCAAAAAGUUUGCUAACCCCAGCAUCGUACGCCCAUACCUGCUCCUACUCAGAUCCUAUGCCAAAAACACGCCUCAUACUAACCACUGCGUGGUUCGAAUGCUUCACCGCGUGGCCGUCGACCUCAAAAUGGACGCCCUGCUCUACCAGCUCUCCGUCUUCCAUCUCUUCAACAAGAUCCUGAGUGACGCCGCCGCCUCGGCUUACAAGGAGCUGGUCACCUUCGCCAAGUAUGUGCUCAGCCGUUUCUUCACGCUGGCUGCCACCAACAACAAGGCCUACGUUGAACUCUUGUUCUGGAAAAAUGUCGGCGCCGUGCGGGAGAUGACUGAAGGCUACGGCCGAGACGGAGCGGAGAAGAAGCCAGCAUGGACCGAAGAGGAAGAGCAGGAGCUGCGCACGCUUUAUGAAGAGCACCGUCACUCCGAAGUACCAGACAUUGUGGAGACGCUGUUGCCGUUGCUAAGCAACAGCACACGCACACGGAGGCAGGUUGUGACACAGCUGGUGCACAUGGGUCUAGUGGACAGUGCUAAGCAGCUGAAGAAACCCAAGAAAGGUACGGGGAUCGUUCUUUGGACAGAGGAGCAAGAAGAUGAGUUACAGAUGCUCUACACAGAAUACAAAGACUCUGAUGAUGCACUCGGAGACAUCCUGAAGAAGCUCACGGCCAAGCGAUCCCGUGCACGUGUGGUGGACAAGCUGCUCAGUCUGGGCCUGAUCUCUGAGAGACGAGAAUUGAACAAGAAGAAGAGUCGUGGUGCUCGUCCAAAGAGUUCCGGCACCGGAAUGACCGAGGAGGAUUUCUUAGCCGGACUCACACAAGACUCUCCGGAUGACAGUAUGAACCGAGAGGAUGAAGAGCAUGAAUCCGAAGAGAGUGAGGGAAAUGACGAGAUGGAAGAAAGACAGGAUGGCGACAGGAGGAACCAGAGCUUUGUAUCUAAAGGGGACGGAGGAGCUGACUUAGUCACCAUGGUGACUGCGCUGCAUCAGGGAGGCAUGUCUUUAGCCCUUGCAUGGUUGCAACGCUGUCUGGAAAAAACUGCACGGGACCGCAUAGCAGACGGUUUCUCCCAGCCUGCGCCUCUUGUCCCUUUGAACGAGGAAAGCGAUGAGGCGAUGGAGGACAAGAGCUUCCUGAGGCUGCUGCGCAAACUAGGGAUGCGACCCCCUGCAAAUGAACAGGAGGCAUUUUGGAGAAUCCCAGAAAAGAUCAGCGCAUCUCAGCUCCAGAGUGCGGCUCUAUCUCUUCGUCCAAAUCAAGGGGAGUCCGUAAGUGAAGAGGUCUCUGAGGAAGAUGGUGUUCCAACUGAAGAACCUCAGGAGGAGAAGGAAGAGGUCUCUGAUGAGGAUGCAGAUGAUAUUGACCGAGCCAUUCCUGAGGAUGUGCACAGCUCAUUUGAGAGGCCCCAAGAGAAGAUGGCUAAAAGAAGCAGAGUGAUGGAUGACGAGGAUGAAGACGACUGCUCCGCUCUCGUCAUCAAUCUGGAUACGCAUUCCGAUGCAGAUUCGGACCAGGAGGACAUUUCUGCUCCUGUGAAGCGCCGGCGGAAGAUGGUGUUUAUUGAUGGGGAAGAUGAUGAUGAUUAGUAGACGUGUAAACAUUUCCACAAAAAGUGGUUCUUCUCAGGCGUAGGUGAGUCUAAUCCAGGCCUGGGCAAUUAUUUUGACUCGGGGGGCCAAAUUUAGAGGAAAAAAAGUGUCUGGGGGCCGGUUUAUCUGAUUUUUAGGAACACUAAUACAAAACCUCACAAUACUGUCUGAUUGAAUGCGAAAAACGUUAUGACAGACUGCCUUAAAAAAAACGGAAUGGAAUUUUAAAACUUUUUAGUGAAUGAGACUCCCAGAAUGUACAUGAAAAUAAAGAAUGUGGGAUUACAUGACAAUAAAGAAUGUGGGAUUUACAAUAUUAACUAUGAAGAAUAAAACACUGAAUAUUGACAACAUAUGAAUGCCACACCCCCUCUCUAUCCACAUAUUUUACAAACAAGCAAAAUGC